CACUCUCUAUCCACCCCCGGAUCUCACCCGUAAAUGGAUCCGGGUAAGUGUUGAUUCCACUGCGCUUUACAUUUCAAAACCCGAUUAGCCCUCACACACUAUCUCUCUCUCUCAUCCUUCGCUGGUCACUGAGACAGCACACAGAAUUCCACCAAUGGCGCUUCGAACUCUCGCGACCAGAAGAGCCCUACGAAGCGGACUAGGGCUAGGGUUCCAGAGCACUCGUGGACUGCAGACCUUCUCCCUCCCCGAUCUGCCCUACGACUACGGGGCUCUGGAGCCGGCCAUCAGCGGUGAGAUCAUGCAGAUUCAUCACCAGAAGCACCACCAGACCUACGUCACUAACUACAACAAGUCCCUCGAGCAACUCGACGCCGCCAUGGCCAAGGGCUGCGCCUCCACCGUCGUCAAGCUGCAGGCCGCGAUCAAGUUCAACGGCGGAGGUCAUAUCAAUCACUCUGUAUUCUGGAAGAACCUUGCCCCAGUUCAUGAAGGAGGUGGCGAGCCUCCAAAGGGUUCUCUGGGUUGGGCCAUUGACACAAAUUUUGGUUCUCUAGAAUCAUUGAUACAGAAGAUGAGCGCUGAAGGUGCUGCUUUACAAGGCUCUGGAUGGGUGUGGCUAGGUGUGGACAAAGAGUUUAAAAAACUUGUGAUAGAGACGACUGCAAACCAGGACCCACUGGUUACCAAGGGACCAAGUUUGGUUCCUCUGAUUGGUAUAGAUGUUUGGGAGCAUGCAUAUUACUUACAGUACAAGAAUGUUAGACCCGAUUACCUGAAGAAUAUAUGGAAAGUCAUUGACUGGAAAUAUGCCAGUGAAGUUUAUGCGAAAGAAUGCCCUUGAAGGAUGUUUGCAUUCUCAAGAACCGGCUUGCUGAGAUGGUGCUAAUGCUUCUGUUGCAUUUGAAGAGGAAUAAAAUGGUGUUACCUAGUUGAGGAGCAUCGCCUUCCUAUAGUGUUAUUCCAUGUUUGGAACUGUGAACAUUUUCUGAGCUUUGUUGUCCAGUACUUAUCCAAUGGCAUCACACUAAAUUUCCUUCC